UCUCUAUCAUCUCUCUCUCACUCUUUUCCACACUCUUUUUUUCACUUUCCGCAAACGAACAUUACAACAUUCUCUAUCUCGCUCUCUCCUUUGCUACGGGCCUUUUACCAACCAUCCACCGUUUUGCAUCAUAAUCCACGCAACAGAUCUGAUCCUCACUCCUGUCUCCAGUCCCCCGCUUCUGUUCCUGAUCCUCGCCUUGGCUCCGGAUCGUUUGCGGAACUCAAUUCUAGUACAGAGACAGAGGCAGAGACACCCGCACAAGAGAGCAUGACAGUGGCCGUCUCGCAUUGGACGAGGAGCCCCGGCACGAGUGUCAGUCUCAGCUCGCACCCGACAGACUACGACGACAUGGCCUAUUCGGAAGUCCAGUUCUCAGUAGAUUCAAUGGAUGAGGACAAAGACGGUAGCGGGGGCCAGUCUCACCUGCCCUGGGGAGAAGACACAGAGGGAGCCGGCGGGGGAGGAUCGGGCUCGGGUGCGGUCCACAGCGACAGCCUACUCUUCGAGGACUUCGUCGACCUGGAGAGGCUUUCUUCGACGACCACCGGGGGUGACGAGCUCCCUCCCUCUGCUGCCAUGCCCGACUCGUUCUUCUACAACAUGCCACUCCCCGCCCAUGGGUCCGCAUCGACGACAAGCGUAUCGGACGAUCUGGACGACAUACUAAGUUGCCACACACAUCCGCUCAUGGAAACUAGGACUAGCGCCGCAGCAGGUCCCGCUGCCACAUUAGUGCCAUCAUCAGCAGCCGCUAGAGGAGGGGCGGCGACUUCAGACGCGGUGGUACCGUCUGCUGUGGGCGUUCCGGGUAUCCAGUCUUCAUGGACGAUCGACCGUGAAGAAGAACAAAGGAAGGCUUCGACCUAUCCGGACACAGCUCACGCUGGCGGGGCCGAGUCGAUCUCUGACUCUGAGCUCCUGCGCCUGGAAGGCAUAUCGUUGAAAGCGUCGCCAUCUCGCGCUCCAUCUGUCGUCGUUUCCCAUCCUCCCACUCCUCUUCUUCAAGCUUCGUCCGCUACCAGCAGCAACAGCAACAUCCACCUUGCCGGCAGCAGCAAUCAGAACAAUACUAGCAGCAACAGUCACACCAACGGUGGUCGUAAGCCGAGCAACUUCUUCAAGGUUGUCGCAUCGAAACUGCAGCAGAAAGCUGCGUCUGUCCGCCAUAAACAACCCACCAUGUCUACCGUCGCCAUCGACAGCAGGGGUCCCCUCUCCCCCAACGCCUCGCCUCGCAAGUUCAAGCUCCGUCCCGAGCAUCUCCAGAACCUCGGUGGCCCUCACCCCGCAAGGCUUCCCCUGUCCCCUCCCAACAGUGCCACUAUUCCCCAGGACCUGCCUUCCGCAUCAUCAGCCGGCGGCAACCCCAUGUCCUUUGGCUGUGGUUACGUCGAAGACCCCUUCUUCGAUGCUGGAGUGGCCGUCAACCACGUCCCCGUAUUCCGUCGCAGCGAUCCUACCACGCCACUGGACACUCCUGUCCUGGAUGACAAGGGCGGCAUGUUCUAUCACCACCAGCAGAUGAGCUCCGGUAACGUCGCCAACACCAGCAAGGCUUCCUGGCCAAUGGCCACAACAACUCCCCAGACCGACUCUCAUGUCGCUUGGUCCAAUGCCUAUGCCACUACGGAUGGCAUCGACGACCAGUGGUGGGGUGGAAACAACAUGGACUUGACAUCCAACUCACAAUAUCAAGCACAGAACGCUCGCAAUGCCACCUUCAACCUCGCCAUGCACACACAACACAGUGAACUGCCAUACGAAUACAACAACAUCGCCGCCACCGGAAACGAAAUGUCAGGACUCAUGAUCCACAUGCCCCAACCCCGUACCACAUCCUCGCCCAUCCCACUUCAUCACCAGCAACACCCCCAACAGAUGACGGAGCGCCGGCCCCGCAUGCCCCGUGCCCCCUCGGCCGGCGCCCGGCACAUGUGCCUAUCAACGCCGAUGCGCAAGACGCGUAACCCGAGCCGCACACGUCAAGCCAGCCGCGAUUCCUCAACGUCGCCCACGCCUACGAAUCGCUCCCGUCACAGCAGCGGCGGCUCUAUCGGGGGUGGUGGCGCCGCUCUCAGCGCCAGUGUCAAGAAGCGUCGGUCCUGCAUGCGCACUCCUUCCAUCGGCAACUUGGGCGUCGGCUUCGUCAACUUUACUCCCAGCGACAAGAACGUUCUCAUGACCGGUGUGGCGCCCAGCGGAAGCUCCAAGACAAAGGCACGUCGGGAGAAGGAGGCGAUGGAGAAGCGACGAAGAAUGAGCGAAGCAGCUAUCAAGGCCGUCAAGGCCGCCGGCGGCGAUGAAGGAUUCGUCUUCUGAGCAAAGCAUUCUUCUUCCUUUCCAAUGUACAGCAGGUAUACGCUUAGGGAGCGCUUGAGAGUUUAUUUUUGGGUCAGGGCAUGCUUGGGCCCUAAGGGAUAUCAGGCGUUUUCAAGGGAUCAUCAAUUGUGGGCGAUUGAUCCGCGAGGUUUUUCCUUCUCUGGAUGGGUUUUGCUUCUUUCUUGCCUUUUUCCACUUUUGCUUUUCUUUCCAUUUACACAACGGCAUGGGGAGCGCGAGCUCCAACUGACGCCUUACCGGCUUAUCCACGAUAGCCGUUUUACCUUCUUACCAUCACGAACAAGCACUUACUAGCUAAUCUCCUUUUCCUUAUGUUGGAUCAACCCAAAAUCACAGGCUGGAACCCAGGGUAUGAGAUAUGGAGGGACAGGUUAUCUUAGCAAAACAGCUGAAAUAUCAAAAUAACACUAUUCAAACAA